AAAACGGAUACCAAUCAGGAGAAGGUAAUAAUGAAUAAGGCAAUGGAAGCAUAGACUAAUUAGCGGGAAUCUCUCUCAGGGCUGCAGGCUGGGUUUGAUCGGCUUGUACCUCACCUGGCCAACUAAGCACACCCCGGAGGCUUUGCUUGCAAGCGCUUGAAGCCCUUCCUUGGCUGAGACAAUUUCCUUGAGAACAUGUUGGUCCUGGUGCCGGAAAGCUAGCGGAUGUGGACAUAUUUAUACUAACAGUCGGGAUUUCAGGUUACGUCCAGCAUGAACCUAUAUAACUUCCUACUCGUAACGCUUUUAUGGACUUGCCGGCUGCAAAAUAUAGUCUUAACAGAGAACCGCGUGUGUGAGACCACCGAGGCUUGUCUGAACUGUGACGGACUCGGCUUAUCAAACCGGGACUUCGAGAAGUUAGAAAUAUUCCAACAUAGCUUCUCUCGGACAAAGAAGGAUAAAAUAUCCCUCGUCUUCUUAAAACGGAACCAACUGACUAAGGUACCUUGGUCCGGACUCGUGACAAUUCCCAGUCUUAGCAUUCUGUACUUGAAUCACAACCAAAUAGAGUCGUUUUCCCCAGGAACAGCGCUGAGGAAACUAACCAAGCUCACCGCCAUUCACUUGUCAUUUAACAGGAUCCAGACGCUCGGGGAAGACGAGCUCCGCAUACCGGCACAGAACAGACUACUGCUCCAAGUGUACCUGGAUAACAACCCCAUACACUGUGACAGUCGGGUGCUUUGGUUGGCAAAUAUCUCACUCCACGAAAGAAGCUGCAGGUGUUUCAAAGAGUGUAGGAAGGACGUCACGUGUAUGCAGGACUGCCGGGUAAACUGCACCGAGAACGCACUAAACGUGCACUUCCACAGCGACUACAUCAGCAGCAUAACUUGUAUCUCCCCAAAACACAUGAGAGGAAAACUGAUUCACGAGAUGCUCACACCCGAAAACAUGCUGACGGAUGUCGUAACGGCAACAACAAUGUUCAACAUGGCAAAUAUCUCAACAGUCAAUCAACCGCCCACAAAGAAGCAAAAUGCUGAGGGAAUUUUACCGAAACACGACCAUGAUGAGCAUGGACCCCGUGGAUACAGGCGGCCAACAUAA